AUGCUGGCCAACGCUGCUGUUCCCGCCACCUGCUCAUCCACCUCCGCAAAAUACAGCCUCGUGUCUGUGCGCCGUGUCGCAAUUUCCGCCAGUGCUCCCAACAGCUCGCGCGAUCGCCCGUUUGAUGAAAAUCCCGCAAUUGACGCCUCCACGAAUCUCUCCCGCUCGUGGGGCUCCACACGCCGCACCAGAACCUUGGACGGGUCGGGUCGGCGUGCAUCGAGACCAUCGAGACCCCCCGGAUGUCGGGGAGAGGGAGACCGAGAGGGCUGGCCUAACUCACACCAGUAA